GGGAAACGAAGAUUCGCAAAAUGUCCAUUUGUGGAUGUGGACUUUGGGCAAAAAAGUUCCUGACGGUUUGUCAAUUGUGUGUAUAAAAACACCUCGUUUUGGUCACGCUCAUUCAUUUAUUGAUUCAUUUAAUCGCAGCUAGGGUCAAACUGUCAGAAACGACCGGGGAUCGUGUCAAAAAGAUUUCUUUCAACGACCAUUAUCCACGAGAAUUUUUUCUCACUUGUAAUGAAAAUGUUGUAUUCGUAACUUGGGUACGUCCACCUUCAGCUUCCAUUCAUCGUUAGAAUCGUUUCACUAAAUUUUCUCCUGUGUCGACUGUACGUUAGAAAGAGGAUGGAACUUUGGAAACUGAGCGACCUAAGAUUCUGCGGAAGACACGUCGUUCUUCAGGCGUUUUCAACGAUUCGUGUUUCGUGUCGAAUACCCAUCGAGUUAUGACUGUCACGAGCAACGGCUUUGUUCUCGUCUGGGACGCACUCAAUCAGGAUGGAAAACCAACGACGAAUGGAGUAAAAAAAGGCUUCGUCAAGUCGGUGCCGCUCCAAAAAGCCAAUUUGACUUGCAUCGAAAAACACGAAGAAGUAAUCGUAAUCGGAAACAAUUCCGGUCGGUUGUAUUUUUACGACAACCAAUUGAGGCUUCUCUACUGGUGCAAAGAUUGUGAUUUCGAUUCGAUAGUCUCGAUUAGUUUUGACCGGGAGUCCAGCUUCAAGAGACCGGAAAAUCCUCCCAGCGAAUCUUCGAUUUCACAGUCGAGGAGCAUCGAUGAAAUUCUUGGAACUACCGAUGAGGAAGAAAUAUCUGAAUCAUCGAAAAGUGAAAUUGAAAUCGAGCAUGAGAAACAAAGGGAAACCAGUCACACCGAAUCGGACAAAAUUCGAGUUUUUUCUCAAAAUAUUGACAGCAAGGAAACUCGGGACAAAACGAUUCAAAGCUUUAUCUCAUCGGCCAUCACAAUCGACAUUGAUUAUCGGACGGCGAAUUCGACGAAAGGGAAGUUCCUCGAGCCUUCGGAUUGCACUAUCGAUGCUGCGUCUUUCGCAGUCCCGAUUUUUUUCGUUUCAUCGUCUUCAGGAAAAAUCGGAAGAUUGGACAUCGCCAAAUUGAAGUGUCGUUUCGUAGCAGACCCAGUUGCAGGAGCUAUCACAGCAAUUGCUGUUCGUCCACAGAGUGAUUACGUCGUCACCGGCGAUACUUUGGGAAUCCUCUCCCUGUACAAGUACACCACGAGAUCUCGUAUGGUCACGAAGAAAACACCGGCUGUACCGAAUUUGAAAAAGUUACUGAGAGUCGAAGAAGGAAAACUCGAUACGACCUACGUCACUCGCCCACAAAUUCACGAGAGUCUCGUGGGCGUUAGCACUCUCAAAUUCUCUCCAACGAAAGAUGGGAUUUUGGCCUGCGGUCUCAAAAGUGGUCUCGUAUGGAUUUUGCAUCCCGACACUUUGGAUCCUCUCGACCCAAAUCCUUUCAAACACUCGUCGAGCUCGAUAACGGAUAUUAUUUUCACAAAUAACGGAGAAUAUCUCGCGUACUCGGAUGACCUUUUCACUGUUGGAGUCUUCAGGAAAAACGUAACAGCGUCGCCGAUGGAUAAAAACCAAUGGAACUUUCUCGGCAAAUACCAUUCGCACUGUUCACCGAUUCGAGAAAUAUUGUUCCUCAAGCCUGCGGUCGGAAAAAUUUCACCGCGUUUAUUAUCCAUCGGUGAAGACAGAAAUCUCGUGGAAUACGAUUUGGAAAAAAGGUGAAAUUCUUUUGUACUCAAAUUUCAUUCCCAUUCCAAUCAUAAUUUUGGUCUGUUCAGUGGUCCAUAUCCGGAUCCGGGGUUGAAGAUUCUCCGUGCGAACCGUGUCGAGCGUUAUUCGGUGCCGCUGUGUAUGGCGGAUUAUCCAGAAUUUGGAGUCGAAACGUUUCUCAU